UUUACAGUUUGGCUACCUUACCAGUGCAUGAGAACAGUAUGCCAGAGUUGAGUACAGCUGAGGUUGAUAAACUAGAUAAGAAAAUGAAGAAGACAGAUGAAGUUAGUGGUUCGGGGACAGAUUCCGAAAGUGAAGAUUCUGCAGCAGAAGUUGAAAUACCAGAAGGCAGUGGUGUGAAAAUUCAAGAUCAGAGCCAGUUAUUGUUUCAGAUGGCACAAGCUGCUGGUAUCAAUGAAGAAUUAGUCAGCAAAGCAAAACAGAGUAGAAGUGAGAAGAAAGCUCGUAAAGUAAUGUCAAAACUGGGAUUGAAACAAGUACAGGGAGUAGGGAGAGUCACAAUUAGGAAAUCAAAAAACAUACUUUUUGUUAUUAACAAACCAGAUGUUUAUAAAAGUCCAGCAUCUGAUACGUAUAUAGUGUUUGGUGAAGCAAAGAUUGAAGAUCUCAGUCAACAAGCACAAAUGGCUGCAGCUGAAAAAUUCAAAACACCUGAAGCUGGUGCUUCUGUGGGAGAGCCUGCCCAAACGACAAUAUCUCCUACUAUUGAAGAAGAAUCAGAAGAGGAGGAAGAGGUUGAUGAAACUGGAGUGGAAAGUAAAGAUAUUGAGCUAGUAAUGUCUCAGGCUAAUGUUUCUAGAGCAAAGGCUGUGAGAGCUCUGAAGAAUAAUAAUAAUGACAUUGUAAAUGCCAUUAUGGUAAGUUAUUUGUUACCUAAUUUAUAUUUGUAUUUUCUACAUAAGAGUCUGAAUACUGUUUACCAAAUAUAAACAAGCAAUAUAUUU